AUGCCCAAGAACAAAGGAAAAGGUGGUAAAAACCGAAGAAGAGGAAAGAACGACAAUGAAGCCAACAAGCGUGAAUUGAUCUUCAAGGAAGAGGGUCAAGAAUACGCCCAAGUUGCCAAGAUGUUGGGUAACGGUCGUUUGGAAGCACAUUGUUUCGAUGGUGUGAAGCGUCUUGCCCAUAUUCGUGGUGCUCUUCGUAAAAAGGUCUGGAUCAACCAAGGUGACAUUAUCCUUGUCUCGUUGCGUGAAUACCAGGAUGAUAAGGCCGAUGUUAUUCAGCGUUACAACCCUGAUGAAGCACGUCAGCUCAAGCAAUACGGUGAGUUGCCCGACAACACCAAGGUCAACGAAAACGACACCUUUGCUGGCGAGGAGGAUGAUGAGGUGGACUUUGAGUUUGAGAUUGAUGAGAUUUAA